AUUCUUGUGUUGGCAGCGCAGAAGUUAAACCCUAUUUUAUUUACCUCUAUUUUUAAAAAUAUGGAUAAAUUCGUAUUCGCACUCUUCCUCCUUGGCGCUUUGUGUUGCUGCAGCAAUGCGGUUCGCUUGGAUAGGUGUGGAAUAACAAGAGCUUUGAGAGCACAAGGAUUCCCUGAGGAUAAAAUGAGCGAUUGGGUUUGCUUAGUGGAGAACGAGAGUGGUGGCAACACAGGAAGGAAGAGUAGGCAGAAUAAGAACGGUUCCUAUGAUUACGGGCUGUUCCAGAUCAAUGACAAAUACUGGUGCAGUGCUUCAAGCACUCCGGGCAAAGACUGCAACGUCACUUGUGCUGACCUCCUUACUGACGACAUCACCAAAGCCUCCCAGUGCGCCAAGAAGGUGUUCAAACGUCACGGGUUCAUGGCUUGGUACGGUUGGCGCAACCACUGCCAGAACAAACCCCUGCCUGACAUCAGCAAAUGUUAAAUCAGCGUGACAAAAAUGACAUUUGAAAUGAAAUUUAAUGCCAUUUGGCCCAAAAUUCUAAUUUCACAUUAAGAUUUAAUCUAAUCGUGCUUUUCCGUAACACACAAACUCGCUUUUUCACCGCGGAAUCCGCAGUGGGAUUUAAAAAAUUAAAAGAACAUAUUUGUAUGUAAUUUGUCACACCUGCGAAUUCUGCGGUGAAGUCAGUUUGUUCUUAUGGAAUAGC